CGCUUUUGCGGUCCCGAGAGUCGGCGAGGAGUGUGGAGCGAGAGAGAUAGGAAGAGAAAAAGGAAGAAAAGAAGAAGGAAAAAGGAGGAGGAAGUUCUCGUCGUGUUCUCACGGGCGUGCACAGAACCGAACACCGAGUUAGCCAUUGUCUCUUCACACUCGAACGCAUCAUAACGUGUUCACAUUAGAAAAUGGAUAUGCAGACCGGACAAGUGCAGAGAAGCUGUGGAACGGAGGAAAUGUGUACAAAUAGCGAAACGGAGCUCAAGAACCGCUACAAGGCCGUCAACUGCUGCGGGGAAGACAACUGCAACGGCGGCCGACAGCUGAGCCCCGGCUCCCUCCUGCUCGUGAUGCUCCCUGCUGCUCUCGUCAUCGCCACCCGAGGUCUGCUGACACGCUGCUGAUCUCCGCUGCCCCCUGCUUCCUCCGGCUCUCUUGCUGCUGUCUGCCGUCGUGACUGCUUCUAAACUCUUGUCGUGUGCUUAUCUGAUGUUUCUAUUUCGCCGUAACUGUGACUGUUGAAGUUUUUGUUAUUAUCUCCGAUUUCUAAAACUUUUUUAGGUACGUUGUCCCUUGGCGGUCUCGACUAUGCAUCUAUUUUCUCUUCCUCUCUUAUACGACAGCUUAAGAAGUAAUAUUGUUAUCUUUAGAAACUUCUUCGUCACUGAAGGUCUUCCAGUGCGACAUUUUGAAGAGAUUUAAUUAACUUUAGAAAGAACUAGAAAACACAAUAGGCUCGUUCUGUCUCACUACUACUCCAAGGGUAGGGGAGUGGCGCAAUUAUUGAAAUUCGAUAUUCAUAUUUUUCACAUUAUUUAUCAAUUUAUCUCUCGAUUUAUUCGCUACUUGUUUGUUUUACGAUCGAGGUAUUUCAAGGGUUAAAUUCUAAAAUACUACUGCUAAUAACAACAAUAACGAAAUAUUGAACAUUUUGCUUACUAAAAUUCAGCUCAUAUAUCAGGUAAAAACAUGAAGUGGAACAGUUUAAUUGCACUUUGUAGCAAUUGUAAAUGCAUAUAACAUUUAUCAUUUAUGAAGUCUCGGUUCAAAGAAUUGUUUCCGAGGAGACAGGAAUUAUAAUUACAGAAUAUGAACAUUAACUUAAUAUUUGACAUAUUUCAUCUGUAAACAUAUACAAGGAAAAAAAAAAUAAUAAAAGACACUUUUAUAAAGUUAAAAAUUCGUUUUCAGAUUUCAUUUUUACACAACAGUUGAAG